GCGGAAGUGGCUCAUAAUCCUAGGGAGCUGCGGCGGCGAAGGCGGCGGAACAACAGCAGGAGCCACAGCUGGCGCCUCGGGGGCGGUUUGGGCCUCUUUUCCCCUUCCCCUGCCCCGCUCGGGCCCCGCGGGCUCGGGAGCCCCUCCAGGGCGGGCCCUAUGAGUGUGUCGCUGGUGGUCCUUCGCUUGGAGCUGGCCGAGACUUCGCCCGUGCCGGGCGGCUUUCCUUACAGCGCGGCCGGUGAGGGGGCUCGGGGGAGAAUGAGGGGGCAACAAGCCGGGGGGGUGGAGAGAAAGAGAGGGAAGUCUCUCAGAGAGGGAUUCAAACAUAAAUAUUUUUAAAAUUCUACUACAGUGACCCCCCAGUGUGUUUUACAAGAAAAAAGUACAACUUUUAAAGCACAGCAGUUAUUAUUUUAUCCCCAAAGGUAGAAAGCCUAACCGAAUUGUAUCCUCUAGUUAAAAGGCGCUUAUGUAAGAGCAGAUGCCUCGGUAGGUGAGAUCACACAGAGAUGAUGUCGGUUGAAGUAGAUCAUGCUGAGCAAGGGAGAGCAGUGCUACCAAGUGAAUGACAAACUUCAUAUUGUUGCUAUUUGCUAUGAAGAGUUACUGGUAUCGAUCUACGUAGAGCGUUAUAAUGUUUCAAAUGAAAAAGGGCUCCCCCUCCAACAACAGUUAUAUAUGAAAGUUGGUGUGCUUGGUUUACUAAUAAGCCCUCUGGCAGAAACCUAUGUCAGAGAAGGUAAUGCAGAGUAUGUGUGCACAACACAGGACAAAUCCCUUCCAGAAUGUGUGGUAUGUUUGGGAAUGCAGGAUGUACACACGAGGCAAUAAUUCUAUGUUAAAAUAGGCAGUCACUGGUAUAGAAGUGUGCCCUCGUCUUCAUCUGUGACAUCUUAGAAAAUGUAAGAAAAUGUUUAAUCCCCCCCCCCCGGGUAAUGCUACACAGACUCCUGGUUUCUGCGUAUAUGUCUGUUAUUGUACGUGACAAAUUGUUAUUAACUUAAUACAGCGGCAAGAAGGAGAUAGGGUCUCUGUCUUGUGUUUCCCCUAUCAAACAGGGCCCUUUCAUAAUAAUAAUGUGAUGGAAGUUGUCUAAUUAAGCAUCCUAUCAAUUGCCCUAACAGGAAAACCCGGAUACCUGUGUUACACUGCAUGUGUGUGUUUGUGUGUGUGUAAUGCUUUGCUCAUGACCUGAUUUGUAUCUACAAGUGCCUCUGAGAUCAGCUAAAUGAUGUCACAGGUGUGUUGUAGCCCAAAUGCUGAACCAAUAGGAGGCCGGAAACAUUUAAUUAUUUGUACUCCACCCAUCUGACUGGGUUGCCCCAGUCACUCUGGAUAGUUUCCAACAAGUUUAAAGAAGAAUGAAUUAAUUAAUAGGCUAGUUCAACUGCAAUGGAUAUAAUCAUUUAGAUUUGAAAGGGCGUGUUUGCUUUUGUUGUUUUUGUUCUAGCUUGUGGAUAGCUAUUAUAAUAAUACACAUCACUGUUUUUGUUUUUGUUUAGCCACUGAAAUGUCUGAUGAGGAAAUCAAGGAGAAAUCACUAGCAGCUGCCACAGCCUCCUUAGACGGAAAGGAGCCUGUUGAGAAAGCCGCUAUCAUUCACCAGCACAUUGGCCGCAGGGAGAUGACUGAUAUGAUCAUUGAAACUAUAAAGCCUGAUGCAGGUACUGGCAUGGUGCUUCCAUGUGCUUCUGGGCAAAAUGCAGGUGCAAGUUUAUGCUUCAAGAAAAUAUACAACUAUCAGUGGGUGUCAGGCAGAGCCAGUUAACAUGCAUAUGAUAGUGUGAGCUUUUUCCUUUCCACUUAGCCAUACAACAGGACCACUCCUAAAUCAGACUUGUUAAGUGCCAGAAUGAACUAAUUGACCAAACAGGAAAACUUUGUUGUUCUUGUUACUGUAUAAGCUGGGAGAGAGGGCAGGACAGGAACAGACUUGGCUCUCGGCCCUUGUUUCUUAGAGACAAGGACAUGCCCCAAACAGUGAAUGGUUAUGAGCCUGCAACUUCUGUAGAUUUGUUUGCAAGAUUGUUCUAAAGCAGUGUUUCCCAAACUUGGGUCCCCAGCUGCUUUUGGACUACAGUUCCCAUCAUCCCUGACUGCUGGUCUUGCUAGCUAGGGAUGAUGGGAGUUGUAGUCCAAAAACUGCUGGAGACCCAAGGUUGGGAAACACUGUUCUAAAGUUUUAAAGUGUUCUUAGAACUGAUGCCUGCCUAUUGAAGGGGUAGUGAACAAGAUGCCUUCCAGGUGUUUUAAACUACAACUCCCAGCAUCUUUGACCAUUGUCCAUGUUGGCUUUGGUUGAUGGGACUUGCUAGUCUAGAGGGAGUCAGAUAGGGAAAGCACAUUCUAAUAAUUCUACAACGAUAUCAAGGAGUAUUGAAUCAGGGAUUAACUUUCCUGCCUUACCAAGCUUUGAACUGCAUGAAAGGACUUGCAUGAGCAUAACAGACCUUUCCCUCCCUGUCCUCCCCACCCCUUUGAGCUACUGUUCUGGGUUUUCCUGCAGUUCUCUGGAGCAGGUUUUAGUUAUGGGGGUAGGGAGAAAAGAGGGAGGGGAAGUUCUGUUGCACAUGCAGAAGUCCUUGUGCGAAUGGAACACCUUCAGUGGAUGCAACCUUUUGUGAUCAAACAUAACCUGAGAAAUGUUUUUAGUUGCUAGGGGCUGCUUUGCGGUCUUUACCUUUUGGAUGCUAGGUUAGAGCUGCAAUCCUAAACACACUUAUUCAGAAGGAAUCCCCAUUGGCACACUGGAGCUUGCUUUGGAAUCAGUAUGCAUGUAAAUGAGCUGUCAGUGGCCUCUUGAUCCUUUCAAUGACUAAAUAGUCUGGAGGACCAGUUUGCAAGUCACCUACUCAAAACAAAACCCUCAGAUUGGUUUCACUGACUCUGUUGGACAUGCUCCCGGGUUGGUAAAUAGUGAACUGCGGCUUGGAAGUAGUCAUUGAUGUACACAAUUUACAAAGGGCCCUUUCUGAGUAGAUUCCCUUUAUAAUGUAUGGAAAUAGUGUUUUAGAAGAGCAGUUGAAUUUUUCACGCAGGCAGUGUCUGACCUAUACUUUUCUUGAUUCAUGAAAAAAGAAGCGUUGAAAGCAGUGAUGGAGGAAGGCAAAGCAUCUGAGGCAUCCUCCCCGGAUGACCGGAGUAAACAUAAUGGCCAAAGUGGGGGUGUUGGGACAGCACCGGAUUCCCCCUCGAAGCAGCUUCCAGACCAGAUUUCCUUUUUCAGUGGAAACCCGUCGGUUGAAAUAGUUCAUGGCAUCAUGCACCUCUACAAGACAAAGUAAGGAAGUGCUUCUCUUACGUGGCUUGUGUGAAGUGGGUCACAGAUCCAAGCCUUGUAUGGUUUUUGUGAAACUCCUGCUCCCUUAGGGGAAGGGCUUUAAGUCAGUGGAAGAGCAAACAUAUUGCUUGCUGAAGAUCUCAGAUGCGCAUUCUCAGCCUAACCUACCUCACAGGGUUGUUGUGAGAAUAAAACGGGGAAAGGGAGAACAAUGGGUAUCACCUUGAGCUCCUUAGAGGAAAAGUGUGAUAUAAGUCUAAGAAAUAAAUGAAUGAAUCAGUUAGUGGGUGCUGGAAUAGGUUCCUCUCUUUUCCUGGAAUGCUGGAGAACUAUUGCCAGCCAGCGUAGACAAUACUAGCCCAAACUGAACCUAAUUUAAGGCAAAUCCCUAGGUACUCUUUGAAAUGUGAUAAAUCCAGUUCCUGGAUUUUUAUUUUUAUUUAUUUUGGAAGAGGUAACUCUGGUUUAGUCAUUUUUUUAAAAGUGCAAUAAAAGAAAGUAGCAGCAGGAUAAAGUCCAGGGAGGCAGGUUAAAAUUGCCUUAACUGACGCUUUAAAGGGUCUGGGAAAGUGUUUGGGGGAAAGUUAUUGGUUUGAAAUAUUUACUUACACUUUGGUUCAACAUCUGUUACGUUUGACAGCACAAUCUUGCACUAGUUUCUUUACGGUGGUGGUUCUCUACCAUUUAGGAAACUCCUGUUACCUGUUUAGGAACCCUGUGCAUUGCUAUGCAGCCCCUCUAUGUUGAAGAAGGUUCUGGGAUAUUUCAGGGUGCAAAUCGGUUGCUCAUAUUUUGAACACUGCCCUGAGUCUUGGGCCUCUUUGUGUUCUUGCACAAAUCAAGGGUGUACUGUAGCUAUUCUUUCAGCUGCUGCAUAUUGUAGGGUGGGGGGGGCGGCCAUGGGUGGUUCACAGCCAAGGAAUGCACAUGGCAGAUAAUUAAGUAUUUAUUGUUAAAGAUAACAUUUACAGUUGCUUCUGCAGCUCUGAAUACCUACGCACACCAGUGUAGAAUCUAGGCAGCUAUUCCCAGGUCUGAGCUCUGUGGACUAUGCAGCAGUUGAAACAGCCCCCCCCCUUUUCUUCACCCCAGUUUAUGUAUCCUUCCCUAAUGGGCUGUGUGCACACGGCCAGAGAGCGCUCCUACAUAGAAACUUUCUCUCUGCAUCCCUUUUCAAUUCCCUCUUGGUUCUGGGAGACAGUGGCCUGCCUGUUCCUGACAUCAGGUGGGGAACACUUUUGGCUCCACACCAAAAGUUAGGAUCUGUCAUGGGGACCAAAUCUGACCACCUGUCAAAGUACCUUUCAUGCCAAUCUUAAAGGGGAAGUAAGGUAAAGGUACCCCUGACCAUUAAGUCCAGUCGCAGACGACUCUGGGGUUGUGGUGCUCAUCUCGCUCUAUAGGCAGAGGGAGCCGGCAUUUGUCCUCAGACAGCUUCCAGGUCAUGUGGCCAGCAUGACUAAGCCGCUUCUGGCGAACCAGAGCAGCGCAUGGAAACGCCAUUUACCUUCCCGCCGGAGUGAUACCUAUUUAUCUACUUGCACUUUGACGUGCUUUCGAACUGCUAGGUGGGCAGGAGCAGGGACUGAACAGCGGGAGCUCACCCCGUCGCGGGGAUUCGAACCGCUGACCUUCUGAUCGGCAAGCCCAAGAGGCGCUGUGGUUUAGACCACAGCGCCACCCACCUUACAUAAACUUUUGUGAGUUUCUCCCCCAUCCCUUUCCUUCUAAGUUCUCAUUCUCAUGCUACUCUAGCACAAAUAUUUGCGCAUCAGACACAUGUAUCCAGUGGUGCAUUAAACCAUGAAGCCCGCUGAUGGGCAUGGUUUAGGGAAAAUGGCUUGGUGGGCCAAUAUUGGCCCGCAGGCUGGCGGUUGCCCACUCCCGUUGUAAAAGAAGAUCCACAGUAGCUCACAGCUGCCUACCAAGGAAGUCCGUCUUCCUUUGCUGAUCAUCUUCUUGAUGAACUUGAGAUGAGCCUUUCUGCUGUACUGUUUGUUAUCACAGCAGUGAUUUUCUGUAAUAGGUAACCAGGUUCAGUGGGGUUGAGAAACCUAUAAUGAAACAAAGUUACAGAUUAAUCCAGAAGUAGCCAGCAUGAUGCCAGAUGUGUUGGACUCCAACUCCCAUCAGCCCCAGCCAACAUGGCCAAUGGCCGGGAUGAUGGGAGUUGGAGUUCUAAACCUCUGGAGGGACACCACAUUGGCUGCCCUUGGGUUAAUUAGUGCAGUUUUGCAGGAAAGUGAAAGAGGUAGUACAUUUCCUCAUCAGAAGACCCUGUUAUACAAAUUAUCUGUACUGUGGGAGCCUUUGAAUGAAGUAGAUCCGUAAUACAUCUGUGCUUUUUAAUUAAGGCUUUCACUGGUGGCUUGAGGCUUUCAAAAUGCCAGCGAACAUACUGACCAUUCUAAUUCCCGUCUCAUUCAGCAAGAUGACCUCCUUGAAAGAAGACGUUCGGCGCAGUGCCAUGCUGUGCAUUCUCACGGUGCCUGCCACGAUGACCAGCCACGACCUCAUGAAGUUUGUGGCUUCCUUUUAUGAUGUCAUCGAGCACAUGAAGAUCAUACGAGACUCCACCCCAAACCAGUACAUGGUCCUGAUCAAAUUUAGUACACAGGUAAAAAGCCAAGAGAUGAAAUGUUACUUUGGCCAAAGGGGGGGGGAACGACAGUUUUCUCCAAGUACACAGUUCUUUCAAAAAAUGCUUUAGAAACACCCAGCUGCUUCUUCUUCCCAGGAUGCCAGAAGUAGUGAACAAGAUUGGAAAGCACACUUUUACCCCAGAAAAAAUGAAACAAAAUUUAAACCCAAGUAACCACUGAAGAGGUUUAACCAUUCACUGAGGCACAUUCAGCAGUAAAACAUAUGCUCUUCUGCAUGUACCUUCCUAAAACUGCUGUUAUGGAGCACCUGGAUGCAGCCCAGAGCUACUGGAGGCCAUUUUAGGUUCAUAAAGGUCUGUGAGACCCACCACCAGCUCAUAUGCCCAAUAUACCAUCUUAAAUGGUUUAACUGGUUAUGCUGUCCAUAGGUACCUUCUGUGUGAUUGUUCUGAGGGCUGGAGAACCUUUCCCCAACUGGGUGGCCUCCAUGUGUUUUGACUACAACUCCCAUCAAUCUGAAACAUCUGGAGGGCACCAGAUUGGGGAAGGCUAUGUUAGAGUGUUAAGAUUUUGGAGGGGAGAGAGUGAAGUUCAGGUCUCUGCUGUUUGGUUCCUUUGGUGGGAGAGACUUGGCUUUUACGGGAAAGUACCACCUUUUUUUGCCAGCUUUACUUCUUUGGAGACACUCCUGUUGCUGAUUUUAAACCAUUUGCAAUUCAGGGCUCUUUGGAGUCAGGAGUCAGUUACUGGACACAGCACAAGCAGUUUGCAGUUGUCUAAAAUGAUUCAGUUUGUAUGUUUGACUUGAAGCACUGACUCAGGUGGGCUUGGGGGAUUCUGACUGAGCAUUAAGGUGGCAAGAAGCAGGGAAGCUGGAGGUGGGCUGUCUCCAAUAAAACCUGACCAGAAAACACAUACAAGUCUUUCAUGUGCAUUUGUGAAGUUAGGAUUUAAUCUAUUGGAAUAUAGCAGUAUCCAUAUAUGGAAAAUCCCAGGCUUCUUAAAACUUGAAUCUGGGUUUUUAACUUGAUUCUGGCACCUAUAAAUUUUAUAUCUUAUCUUUGCCUUGCUUAAUCUUGGUGCUGUACAGCUCCAGGUGCUUUCAAAAUAAACAUUUGGAUUUGCAGCAGCAUCUGAGCUUUCAGCAGAGUUAGGAUGUGUGCAUUAUAAAUACUUGCCGUAUUUUUGGCUCUAUAAGACGCACCAGACCAUAGGGCGCACUGGACUAUGGGGGGGGGGGGAGGAGAGAACAGGAAAAAAAAUUCUCCCCCUCUCUGCUCAGCGCCUCUUCAGCGAAGCGGUAGGAGAAACAGAGCCCCUUCCAUUUCUCUUCCCGCUUUGCUGAAGGGGCGCUGCGCAGAGAGGGAAACUGUGCAGCGCCUCUCCAGCGAAGCGAAGCCUGGAGAGCUAGAGGGAUCAGUGUGCACCGACCCCUCUUGCUCUCCAGGCUUCAGACGGCUAUCUGCAAGCCUUUGGAGCGCAGCGGGAACUCCUGCUGCGCUCUGAAGGCUUGCGGAUAGCUGCCUGAAGCCCCUGGAGCACAGCGGGAGUUCCCUGCGUUCCGGGGCUUCAGGCGGCUUCAGCGAAAGCAACACGAGGCCUCCGGAGCACAGGGGGAGCUCUCCCUCUGCGCUUCAGAGGCUUCGCGUUGCUAUCGCUGAAGCCAAGGAGCCUGCAUUCGCUCCAUAGGACGCACACACAUUUCCUCUUCAUUUUUGGAGGGGAAAACGUGCGUCCUAUAGAGCGAAAAAUACGGUACUUCCUUUUUUAAAAAGUGUUCUAGAUUCUGAGGGGACUGUGUGAGCACCACCGGCCUGGGAAGUAAUCUCAGUUUGUCUCCUAUUGGCACAGAUGCCUCUGUUCUGCUUUUCACUGUAGUGGGCUGUGCUCUCUCCAUCCAAACAACGCAGUCUCUUCUCCUUUGCUUUAAUUGUAGGCAGAUGCAGACAGCUUCUACAUGACUUGCAAUGGCCGGCAGUUCAAUUCCAUAGAAGAGGAUGUUUGCCAGCUGGUCUACGUGGAGAGGGCAGAGGUCUUCAAGUCAGAAGAUGUAAGUUCCGUCACAUUUUUCCAACUCUGGCAUCCUCUCAGGAUCCCAGGUCCCUUCAGCCAGCUGGAUGCAGCACCUCAAGGUUCCAGCAAGAAUUGUGAAUGUCUACAAAAGAACUUGUCUCUGUUUGUGUGAAUUUUUAAACACCAAUCUGCCCCUUGAUUCUUUUGCUCAGUGGCUUCCAAACUGUGUUCUGAGGAAGUCUGGGGAGAAGAUCAGUACAGUGGUACAUUGGUUCUUGAUCUUAAUCAGUACUGGGAGUCCGUUCGACUCCUGAAACCGUUUGAAAACCAAGGCAUGGCUUCCAAUUGGCCGCAGGAGCUUUUUUCACCCAAGUAGAAACCGUGUUGGAUGUUUGGCUUCCGAAAAACGUUUGCAAACCGGAACACUUACUUCCGGGUUUGUUGAUCAUUGUUCACUGCCCAGGACUCUGUUUAGAGGAAGGAAAGCUGAUUUGUUGGACAACUAAGCCAUUCGAGAACCAAGGUACCACUGUAAUUGGAGGGGGUGGGAUUGGCAUAUUGAAUGACAGCCUCUCCACCAUUAGUGAUCUUCCUGUGCUGUAUGUAGUCGGUGGAAAGCAUUGAGCGUGUUCCAGGCAUUUUGUACUCUCUAAAAGGUGCAAUAAAGAGUUAACAAGGACAGCAAAGCCAAUGCAGGGCUCUUGCGAUUUAUUCCCAUAAGCUAAUACAUGCAUAGGGAAGACAAAUAAGGAAUAGAAAAUAAAGACAGAAUCAUGUUCGUUUAUUAAAUCUCUUUAGAAAUCUGCAUCCCAUGUAAGGCUGAUGAUUUAGCACCUACAAAUGAGGAAUAAAUAAGUACAGUGGUACCUCAGGUUACAUCCGCUUCAGGUUACAGACUCCGCUAACCCAGAAAUAUUACCUCGGGUUAAGAUCUUUGCUUCAGGAUGAGAACAGAAAUCGUGCAGCGGCAGCAGGAGGCUCCAUUAGCUAAAGUGGUGCUUCAGGUUAAGAACAGUUUCAGGUUAAGAACAGACCUACAGAACAAAUUAAGUUCUUAACCCAAGGUACCACUGUGUAAGAAAUGGAAGCCAUAUAUGCGCCAGGUUUAGCCUGAACUUUAGCUAAUCUGACACUGGCUUAAUUUUUUCCAUCAAAGCUGUAUCUCCAAACAUGAUCAUCCUGUUUUGUUUUGUCAGGCAGGCUUUUGUUUCUAGCUUGGGCUCGGUUUUUCGGGCACUACAGCUCUGUGCGCUGCCAUGGAUGAGCACUGCUGUUUUUGGCCUUCCUAUAAAGUGGCUGGUGGGCUUAGAAUCCCCUUUCGCUACUGAGAAGGCGAAAAGAAGAAUGGGGGGAAAUGAACACAUUGCCAGUGUAAAUAUGUGCUUGGUUGCAUGUGCCAUCAAGCAGCACCCUGACAAAUCUGGAUGUGCCUUUUUUCUUCCUCCUCCUCCUCCUCUGCAGGGGGCCAGUCUUCCUGUCAUGGACCUGACUGAGCUCCCCAAGUGCACUGUCUGCCUAGAGAGAAUGGACGAGUCCGUCAAUGGGAUUCUCACAACGCUUUGCAACCACAGCUUCCACAGCCAGUGUCUGCAGCGGUGGGAGGACACCACGUAAGAAGCGCUCUUCAUUCUGGAGUAUUGCCGGGGAGGGGGGGGAGAGAGAGAGAGAGAGAGCUGUUUGCGUGCCUUUCCCAAUUUUGUUGCCCUUCCAACAUGUAGCAGUGGGCCUAAAUGUGAGGGUUCCAGAAAACCUGCCAGUGCCCUGAAUCAGGCAUGGCUAACUUGAAGUCCUCCAGAAGUUAAGCUGAAACUCCCUCAUCCAUGAGCCAUGGCCCUGCUGGCUGGGUGGACGAGAUCAACAAGUCCUGUAGGUUAAACAACCCUCCCCCAAACUGGACUUGAAUCAUAGAAUCAUAGAGUUGGAAGAGACCACAAGGGCCAUCGAGUCCAACCCCCUGCCAAGCAGGAAACACCAUCAGAGCACUCCUGACAUAUGGUUGUCAAGCCUCUGCUUAAAGACCUCCAAAGAAGGAGACUCCACCACACCCCUUGGCAGCAAAUUCCACUGUCAAACAGCUCUUACUGUCAGGAAGUUCUUCCUAAUGUUUAGGUGGAAUCUUCUUUCUUGUAGAUCCAUUGCUCCGUGUCUGCUACUCUGGAGCAGCAGAAAACAACCUUUCUCCCUCCUCUAUGUGACAUCCUUUUAUAUAUUUGAACAUGGCUAUCAUAUCACCCCUUAACCUCCUCUUCUCCAGGCUUUGGUUUGAUCUAGUGUGUUCACUUGACUUUUUAAACAAAUCAUGUUACUUUUAUAGGCUAUAUAAACACCACUAUUUUUAGUCUGCACAGUAGAGCAGGUCCCCAUCUAAAAUAGCCAACAGUUCAUAACCCGACACUGCCGCCAGUGUUUGAGGCAUGGUGCCUGCCUAUAGAUCAGUUGCUGGGGAGAGUGUUGUUGUGCCCGGGUCCUGCUUGUCGGCUUCUGAGAGGCCACUGUGAGAGCAAGGUGCUGGGACUAGAUAGGCCUCUGGUCUGAUAAGGGCUGCUCUUAUGUUUUUUUUGUGGGGGGAAAGGAAGAGAAAAAGCACUUGGGCUUAACAGCAGUGGGGGUACAGAAUGAUGUGGUUGUGCUCAUGGCAUCACGGAAGAAGCCUUCACUUAUCCCUGACCUAGGAUAUAGGGCAAGAUAAAAUUACUGAAACAGUUAAAGAUGACGGCGUACCCUUUUGGCCAAGGUGGACCCGAUUUUCCAAAGCUCUUUUUGACCAUGUUGUUUCUACUUUUUAUUCCCUCUGCUUCUGUCUGACUCUUCAGCAGCAGCAGUGAGGGUUGCUUAGUCUAACCUUUGGGUAGGCAAACUAAGGCCCAGGGCCCGGAUCUGGCUAAUCGCCUUCUAAAUCCGACCCACGGACAGUCUGGGAAUCAGCAUGUUUUUACAUGAGUCGAAUGUGUCCUUUUAUUUAAAAUGCAUCUCUGGGUUAUUUGUGGGGCCUGCCUGGUGUUUUUACAUGAGUAGAAUGUGUGCCUUUAUUUAAAAUGCAUCUCUGGGUUAUUUGUGGGACAUAGGAAUUUGUUCAUUCCCCCCCCCCCAAAAAAAUAUAGUCCGGCCCCCCACAAGGUCUGAGGUACAGUGGACCGGCCCCCUGCUGAAAAAGUUUGCUGACCCCUGGUCUAACCCAUCCCAUAUUCUUAGCAGAUUUCUUAUAUUCCUGUCCUGGCUUUCUCUUUUAAGUUACUGAGUUAUCUAGGAAGUGCUUAAAAUGGCUAGAACAGGGAUAGCCAACGCAGUGCCCUCUGCAGGUUGCUGUACUCAUGUAUGCUGGCAGUCGUACUUCAGCAGCAGCUGAAUUUGCCCUGCACCUCCCACAAGUUAAUCGGUCUGGAUUGUAACCACUUCUCUCUCCCCUGCCUCUUCCAGGUGUCCUGUGUGCAGGUAUUGCCAGACGCCGGAACCUGUGGAAGAGAACAAGUGCUUUGAGUGUGGAGUCCAAGAAGUGAGUGGGCACAGAACAGGGGCGAUUUUUAUGUUGAUACUUGUAUCGUCUGCAGCGGGGGCUGUUUACAGAGGGAACCAUUUUCUCCAGGCUAACCAAUCCUGAAUGCACUUUUAAAUCUCACUGGGAUAGGGGUUGCAGUAAGGAGGGAUCAGAAGACGCAGAGGGUGUCCCCACCCAACUGCAAAUGGUUCAUGCAGUUGCUUGAAGAAAAGAUAAGCUAAGAAAGAAACAAAUUUCCCAUUUGCUAAGGCAAACUGGCACAUCAGUAAAGUCUUGGGUGCACUCGCCCCCGGUGGAGUACAGGAUCAGGCUUAAGGUGCUGGUUUUAACCUUUAAAGCCCUAUACCGCAAUAGGACCCUCGUACCUAUGGGACUGCCUCUCCUGGUAUGUCCCACGGAGGAACUUACGGUCUUCAAAUAAAGACAUCUUGGAGAUCCCGGGCCACAGGGUGGUUAGGCUGGCCUCAACCAGAGCCAGGGCUUUUUAGGCCGAGGCCUCGAUCUGGUGGAACGCUCUGUCACAAGAGACUAGGGCCCUGCGGGACUUGACAUCUUUCCUCAGGGCCUGCAAGAUGGAGGUGUUCCACCAGGACUUUGGCCAAGGCACAGUCUGACCCCCUCUCUCCUAACCCGAUGGUUGCCAUUAAUUUGAUUCUGAAUUGAUUCUAGAAUGCAUUUUAAUUAAUUGAUUGUGCAAUUUUAUGUACACUGUGCUAUUUUUACUUGUUCUUAGCCGCUCUGAGCUUGGCUUUGGCCAGGGAGGGCGGGAUACAAGUAAAAAAUUAUUAUUAUUAUUAUUAUUAGGCACCUGAUAGGCAAGCAGGGCCUGCCCCCUUUCCCAGUGUGCGCCAGCCCACCUUUGAGUGCCCCUCUGUUCCUCUCGGUGCCCGACGAUGGGAUCCUUUGCAUGUUUACUCAAAACUCGCUAUUCCACUGUUCAUUGGGACUUUGCAGCAAGUGUAAGGAUCGCGGCCUGGCUGUCUGUCUGCUUUUUCUGAGCUUCAGUACAAUCCUUCUUUUCAUGCAGAACCUGUGGAUAUGUCUGAUUUGCGGGCACAUUGGAUGCGGGCGCUACGUUAGCCGGCACGCCUACAAGCACUUUGAGGAGACGCAGCACACCUAUGCCAUGCAGCUGACCAAUCACAGAGUCUGGGACUACGCUGGAGGUAUUUCCUCUACCUGACACUGCUUGAGGAGCAGCCAUUGCUGAGCCUUAAAUCUGUGCUUCGGUAUUUAGCUGCCGAGCCAAACCUGCCUCAUACCAUGUCAGGCUCUUGGUCCUUCUAGGGAAAAUGGACCAUCUACUUUACAUGUGGGAAGUCCCAGGUUCAGUUCAAAAGGGGGCUGGGAAUGUCAUCAGUCUGCAUCUGAAACCCUGGAGAGCCACAACAAGCCAGUGUAGGCAGUACUGAGCCGGACAGAACACUGUUCUUUGUUGUUGUUAGAUUUUUAUUAAAGUUUAUCACAAUACAGUAAGAUAAUUCUCUCUACGCGGGGCUGCCCUUGAAGCAGUCCCAGAAACUCCAGCGGGUACAGAAUGCUGCAGCGAGGCUCCUCACGGGGUCUCUGCCAUGGGAGCAUAUUCACCCAGUGCUUUUCAAACUGCACUGGCUCCCGGUGGAGUACAGGGUCAGAUUUAAGGUGCUGGUUUUGACCUUUAAAGCCCUUCACGGCCUAGGACCCUCGUACCUACGGGACCGCCUCUCCCGGUAUGCCCCACGGAGAGCCUCAAGGUCCAUAAAUAGCAACACCCUAGUGGUCCCGGGCCCUAAGGAAGUUAGAUUGGCUUCAACCAGAGCCAGGGCCUUUUCAACUCUGGCUCCGGCCUGGUGGAACUCUCUGCCUCAUGAGACCAGGGCCUUGCAGGAUCUGAUUUCUUUCCGCAGGGCCUGUAAGACAGAGUUGUUCCGCCUGGCCUUUGGCUUGGAGCCAAUUUGAUUCCCUCUCUCCCUCUCUUUCUUUUUUCUUUUCCUUCUCCUCCUGCGAUGAGGCUACAUUUUAAUGUUUUAAUGUUCCAUUAUUUUAAUGUUGUAUUUUAUUUUUGUUUUUAAGUUGUAAUCAUUCAUCUUGUUUUUAUGAUUGCUUGUAAGCCGCUCUGAGCCCGGCCUUGGCUGGGGAGGGCGGGGUAUAAAUAAAAAAUUACUAUUAUUAAUUAUUAUAAUAAGUACUGCGAAAAAAGAGUACAGAGUCCUUUCCUAAAGGCAGUUCUCAGCCCCCACCACCCACAGAAGGUAGGCACCCCUCCCAGCUCUCACCUGGGAUCCUUCUUUCCUGCUCCCAGCCUCUCCCCCAGGUAGACCAACAUUGCCCUGUCUCCCACCCAUCAGCCAUGAACCACCCCCAUGAGUACACAAUCCCUGGACAUUAGCAAAGGCCCCAUACAUAUGACUCGAAAGAAAAAGAGAGAUGCAAAAAUGGAAAAGGAAAGAAACAAGAAGAGAGGAAAGAGGAAAGAGACAGAAAGCAACAGACAAAUGGAGAAGUAACAUUACAGAAAAGUAAAAAGGACAUUUGAUUUUCCAUCUGCCAGUUACAGGGGAAAAAAGAAAAGAUUAAGACAUUCAGUCCAUGAUAACACCCGUCUUUUCUACUUUCUGUUAAACAGUAUUUCUUUUAAGUCAAAGUGUCUCAGAAUCAUUCCUUUCUUUUUCUCACAAAAAGUCCAAGAGGGGUUCCUGAACUAUCAUUCUUACUGGUAAAAGUCAACCAUGUUCUUUCUUUAAUAUUCACUUUACCUCUGUUAAUUCUCACCACUCUUCCUCCAUAUAGAAUAAUAGUAAAUCCUUCCAUCCAUGGCCGUGUUAUAAAAUCUCCACUGCAAUCAAAUAUUGGGAUAAUAUUCCCCCCUUGUUAUAUAUCCUUUAAUUCAUGCCCAGUUCCAUGUGUUCAAAUUACAUUUCCUGUUGUGUUUAUGAUAGUAUCACAAUCUUCUCCUUUAGAAUCUUCCAUUUCCUUUUUUUCCCCAGAGACAGUAUCAUAAAUUCUGUAGUAUCGUCCUCUGAAUUCUCUGCAAAUCAUAUGUAGAAUACUUCUUCUGGUAGAACUGAAGAAAGGCCAGGACUGAAGUUUCCCCAAAGUUCAGUAGCAGAGCACCGGCUUUGCUUGCAGAAGGUCCCUGGUUCAUUCCCUGGCAUUUUCACAUUGGGUGGGAAUAUCCUGUUUAAAACCCUGGAGAGCCAGUGCCAAUCAGUAUAGACCAGCCUUUCUCAGCCUCGAGCCCCCAGAUGUUUUGUUUUGUUUUUAAAUUUCAUGUCCAGGCUAACCUACUUUUUAUUUAAUGCAAAUUACAGUACCAGUUAACUAUUUCCAAACCAAGUCACACAGAACAAAAUGUAUUUACAAAACAGCAGACGGGAGGAGGCAAAAUAAUAAAACAUUAAGCAUACACUCUACAAAAAAAGUUUAUAUUUAAAAUGAAAAAAUUAAUCAGUCACAGAGGCAUUCAAGUAGUAAUAAUAUUAUACAUGUUUUGCUUCUUCUUUGAAUCAGGACAGCUUGUAUGUGUAUGCAAUAGUUUGUAUACAACCCACAGUCCAUUAUAUAUAGAUUUUAGAUAUCUGCUUUUAAGAUGGAAGUGAUCACGGUAAUUGUGUGCACAAGCCCAAGUGAUCAAUCAGCAACAUAGUAACAAACGCAAAUUUUACAGGCAAGCAUAUUAUUUAUGUAUAGAAACGUUCAUUUAUAUAUAUAUAAAUUGUUUUUUUUCCAAAAAAAACCCCCAAGAACAAACAACACAAGGAAGAAAAAUACGUAUCUCAAGCUAACCCUUUAGGUACAAGUCUUUAUUACGCCUUUUCAUUUUGCUUUUAUUGCCUUGGCACAAAUGAAGCAAGAAAUUAGCCUCUAUAGAAAUAUUGGGAAUUCAAAGGCUUUCUGAUGUAUACACCUGGUAAAUCCCCCAGAUGUUUUUGAACUACAACUCCCAUAAGCCCUGACCACUGGGCAUGCUGGCUAGGAAUGAUGGGAGUUGUAGUCCAACAACAUCCAUGGACCCAAGGUUGUGAAUGACUGGUAUACUCUAGAUAAUACUGAGUUAGAUGGAACUUUAACCAAGGUGGGUCCUGGGUCCUGUGGGACAAUUGCAGGAAGCAGGUUGGCUGAGCUUGAGCUGGCUAGAAGCUCAGCAGUGCAGCCAUCUUCCUUACCAGGGCCCAACUCCUCCUGUAGGGCGAGACUGGAAGUAGCUGAGUGCUCCGCCUGCGAGAUUCCCAACAGGAUGGGCUUGUUGUACGGUGGGCGUGGGUAGAACUGGUAACUGAAUUUUACUCUUGCUUUCUGUAUCUAUUUGUAAUUCCAAAUAGGAAAUUGGAGCUAGUCAGUCGGGGUUGUUGCAUUUGUCUCUCUCUCUCUCUAGACAAUUACGUCCACCGGCUAGUGGCCAGCAAAACAGACGGGAAGCUAGUUCAGUAUGAGUGCGAGGGGGACAUAUGCCAAGAAGAGAAGAUUGACGCAUUACAACUAGAGGCAAGUCCGCAUUGGUUUUCUUCCCCUCUUGCUUUUACACAUUCUCUCUGGCUUCCUUAAUGGUUGGUGCAAGUUGGGUGGGUAAUGCAAAGUAACCCAAACGAAUGGAGACAACAGGCAGCCCUCUGUUUACAUGUGAGCUUGAAUGGCACUCGGACAACUGAGGCCGCAGGUCCUUUUCAGUUGCAAGCUAGGUGUUGAGUUUGUGGGGAUGUCAGGGCAGAAUCCUAGACCCAUGUCAAAUGCCGGAACGGCUCUCCCUGUGGAAUAUUGCCUUCUCAUUGCCUCUUCUUUCCUUCUGAACACAGUACUCUUACUUGCUGACAAGUCAGUUGGAGUCCCAGCGUAUAUACUGGGAGAACAAGAUAGUCCGAAUAGAAAAGGACACGGCCGAAGAGGUGAGUUUCUUAUGGGCGCUAGUGGCACGUUCAGCUCUUCUGAGGAUGGCAGGCUGAAGGAAAUGCUGGUAGCGGGCUUGUAGUGGAGGGAGGUUGGGCAAAUUGGUGAUACUGCUCUUCCCUCUAAAGUUGGUGUGGCGUUUGCCUCCUAGGUGGGUCAUAAGGAAAGGGUUAAAAUGAGUGUGAUGUGAUUGGCCAGUGGAAACUGAUAGGAGGAGUUAGGGUUAGAGGGGGUGUUGUGUGAAAGUCAGUUGAGAGUUGGGAGUUGGAGAAGGAAGAGGAAGGAUAAGUGGGGUUGGUCGAGUUGUGUGGUGAGAGAGUGAGAGGAACUGUUAGUGGAGUCAGAUAGUUAGUUGGGAUAAUCAGUUUGGAGGUGUUAGGAACGAAUAGGACAGUUAAGGAACUAAGAUUAAGAAACUGCCAAGAAAAAUUAACUGAAACCAUAAGCUUGUUCAUGCCUAUGAAAUAAACUUGAUUAUUUGUUAAUGUUAACAACUGUCUGGACUCCGUGUGUACCCGUAAGAAACGGGUUGGUGGCAGCGAAAAGCAAUUACAGUGGUGGCACAGGGUCACUAGACCGUCAAACGUCUGGGGACCCUGUGUGAUCGCCGCAGUUGGUCAAACAAAUUGGCAUCUUCUCUGAUGGUCCUAAGUUUGGGGGUGGGAGGAUUUUGGACGUAAUCCUAGACCUUUUUACCCAGGCCUUUUGGGGGCAGAAGAUGAACACGGCAUGAGUGUACCACCCCCUCUUGCCACUUUCCCCACUGGCUAGCCAUGGUUUCCCAUGAUUUCAGACGGGGUUCUCUCCCAGCCUUCCUAGGGAUUGUACCUGGGACCUUCUGCAAGUAAAGCAGGUGGUCUGCCACUGAACUGUGGCCCUUUGCAUAAUGCACAUUAGAAAAGGCUCCCCAAAAAAGACCACCCUUGUUCUCAGGCUUACAAUCUAAAAACACACAACCCAAAAGGAAAAUGGAGAGGGAGGAAGGAAAGAAGCUCCAGUUCAAAUUCUUAGUUUUUUUACGUAGUUCUUUGUUAUCUCUCUUCUUGAAAUUUCUUCACUGACUCCCCCAGGAAAUGGCCAGAGUCUAGGAAUCACUCCAGAACACUCAACCCUUAUGGAGAGAACACCCAGUUAGACUCUGGCUUGCUUGAAAAGUGCCAUUUCUCUUUUUCUAAAAACAGAUUAACAACAUGAAGACUAAAUUUAAAGAGACGAUUGAGAAAUGCGACUCGCUCGAGCACAGACUGAAUGACUUGGUCAAAGAGAAGCAAUCUGUUGAAAGGAAGUAUGUGCUUGGUGUUGUGUUUAUCCUUAAGAAGCCAAAAUCAUGUGCAGUCAAACCACACUGGGUUCAAUGGCAGGUGGGAUUACCAAAGUCUUUUUUCCUGGACGCUUGCCCCUUUUUAAAUGUUUUUAAAUUGUUUUGCUGAGCACAUGAAAAGCCGAAUGCUCAUGUGUUGCUGUCCUGCUGCAUUCAUAAUGAAGUACCGUAUUUUUUGCUCUAUAAGACUCACCUUUUCCCUCCUAAAAAGUAAGGGGAAAUGUGUGUGUGUCUUAUGGAGCGAAUGCAGGCUGCGCAGCUAUCCCAGAAGCCAGAACAGCAAGUGGGAUUGCUGCUUUCACUGCGCAGCGAUCCCUCUUGCUGUUCUGGCUUCUGAGAUUCAGAAUAUUUUUUUUCUUGUUUUCCUCCUCCAAAAACUAGGUGCGUCUUAUGGUCCGGUGCGUCAUAGAGCGAAAAAUACGGUAAUUACCUUGGCAUGGCCUCUGGGACUACUGUUUGAUACCCACAUCCUACGGAGUAGACUCUGAAUGUAACAUAGUUCCCUCUCAUUUUCUGCCCUUCAGGUGCACCCAACUAAACACCAAAGUGUCCAAGUUGACCACGGAGCUGAAGGAGGAGCAGGAAAUGAACAAGUGCCUGCGAGCCAACCAGAUCUUGCUCCAGAACAAGCUGAAGGAGGAAGAGAAGCUUCUGAAGGAGACAUGUGAGCAGAAGGACCUGCAGAUCACGGAGGUCCAGGAGCAACUGCGGGACGUCAUGUUCUACCUGGAGACACAGCAGAAGAUCAAUCACCUCCCCGCUGAGGCGAGGCAGGAAAUCCAAGAUGGACAGAUCAAUAUUGCCAUGGCAUCGUCAGCCGGUUCAUCGGCAGGGGGUCCCGGGAAGCCUUCAUCCCGGAAGGGUAGAGGCAAGAGGGGCAAAUGAGAGAUGAGGUGGCCGCAGCUGACCUUUCUGAAACUGGCCACAGAGGGGUGGCCGGGGGGGCUGAAGGAGAGUCGCCUGUCAGUUGAAGCAGGCGCAAGAGUCUAGCAAGGGAUGAGCGACCAGUUUGCAGAGCCUUUCCUACCCCAGUGCACUAGCCAACAGCCAUCGGCAGCCCUUAAAAUGCUCUUUCCCUCUGCUGGCUAUCUAGCUACUCAUAGGCACUAUGUAGUGACUCCUUGGCUGUCUGGCCGUAUUUAGCCUCCCCUUCUCUGCUGCAUAACCUGAGAACACUGUGUUCAAGUUUUAGAUGUUUGCUUGAAAUCAUACUUUAAACUAAGUGCAAAAAAACCAAAAUGACAAGAGCCUUAGAUUUCUUUUUUUUUCCAGGGGGGCACAGGAAGAGACGUUGUGGCCUUGCGCCUUUUGUAAGCUAGGAGUACACCUGGACCCAGGCUCCCUUUCCUGAUUUUGAGGCACCUGGCUUGAAAGCACAUGCAGGCAGUCUCUCCUCUUGGUAGCUGUGCGCUGCAAAGUGGCAGAAUUGCCAGUCGAGUGGGAAAGUUCUGCUCGGCUGGAAAGUUUUGUGCCAGGAGCCUUGCUGAAUGUUGGCGUUGAAGAGCUCCGAGGUGUUGGGUGCAAGAACUGCAUCUCUGUGAGAUGUGUCCUUUUUGAGGCCUUUGUCCUAAGCCUGUCCCCCUGGUUGUAAAACUUCUGGGAGGCCUUGGCUGGUGAAUCAUAGACGGAGGGCUGAGUUAAUCAAGAGCAUUGUCCAGACUUUGAAGGGCUGUCCAGAAAGCGAGGGAGAAAUCUGCUUAAGGGGUGGGAAAUGCACUGAAGGUUUGCUUUGUUGAAAUCUCAGGUGCCUAGGGCUUAGUAGAAAGGUUGAUGCUUGCAGCAAAGCAAGGACCACGCUGGCUAGGGAGCUUUCUGGGAAAUUGCAAAACUACCACGCUGGGUGUCCCCGAGUUCAUUCACAAUGCCCCAGUUCCUUGUGUUGCACUGGACCUGCAUCCCCUCCCUGUCUUCUUCCAAAUGCCCCUCCUCUUGGCAACCAGUGUUUUCUGCCUUGAUACCUGACUAUGCACUGCACGUGAACACAUGUGACCAGACCCUGAAACCUGCCUUGAGAGAGAGUGAUUUAGAGUGGAAAAGCUGUGUGCAUGUACCUAACCUGUCCCCUGCCGCUGCUUCUUCGCUUCCUAUCCGCUCCCCAUGUCCCAAGUGUGUGUUUCCACUGUGGGGUUCCACACAUGUGGUUUUCCUUGCAACUAUCUUGGGAGUUGGUUAUGUGUGUUUGUGUGUCAAUUCUAUUUUAGUUAGCCCUUAGCAGGAAAUAGCAGAAUUUCAGCAGUUUGUGCAGAAUGAGCUCGUCGGCAGGUAUUUAAGAAGCCAACCCUCCUCCGCACAAAAGAACCCUGCUCAGGGGGUUCUAAGGACAAAAACCAAGUGGAGGUGGUCAGAAAGGGGCUGGAAGACCCUCUGCCCCCUUCAGACGCCUGCAUUUUAAGCAAACCUCGUCUCUUCUGUUUGCUAAUGUGUGUGGCUGCCCUAACGCCCUCUCGACAUCUUAAGAGAGCUGUGAAUAGGCAGGUUCUGCCUGCAACCUGAGCACUGCUUUGGGUCUUGCCCCCACCCCUCCAAAUGGCACAUUUCCUCAAGUGAAGACUUUUUGCCAUGCUAAAUGUUGCUCUUUUGCCUUGUCCGCGGCAACUUUACACUCAGCAGCAAGCGUUGCACACACCUCAAGGGCUUCAACAAUUUAAGGCCCUGGUGGUUUUUUUUGUACAAGUGUACGCUUUGGAGGUAUAAUGAGUGCUGGCCCUCGCUGAACAAACUAGAGCCACAGGGUGAGAUACCGGCAUUGGUAGUAUUCUACUGGCUGGAUUGAAAAUUAUAGUUUUUUAAAAAUCAAGCCUACAAGUUUCUGCUAACAUGCUUAUGUUUUGCUUUGAAAAGGGGGGGGAUGUAUCCACCCCACCACCAACUUAACAUAAGCCUAUCAACCUCACUUGAUGCAGUUUGCCACCUGCAAUACCAGAUUUUUAUCAGCUUUAGCUGACUAGUAGUUUUCUGAGCUCCUUGCUGCUGACUCUUUUUGAUCAAAUUUUGUAGCACAAAUGUAUCUGUUAAAAAAAAAAGUUCUGUGCACAUGCAUUGUACAGUCUUGAUACGAUAAUUUUAAAAGCUAAAUGGUCAGUGUACCCUUCUUCUAUAGAAACUACUCUGCUUAUUUUUGAAACAAUCCUAUUUUUGCACUUGGUUACUCUUGCUUCGUGAUCUCCUCUGUCCUCCUGGGUCCCCUGGAGUUAGGAUGAGGCUUGUGCAAUAUUGGUGUGCUAGGGAAGAAGGGAAAUUCUUCAUCUGGGGAGAAAAGUUCAGGCGGAAAGAGAGGAUGCAGUUUAAAAACCACUAAGUCCAUGUCAUAUAAAGAUUAACCUGGGCACAAAGAGUAAUUGUUUGAAAUGUGUUACUUAUCAGGGAAUCUUUUGGAAAGAUCAGCAUUUGCUCAGACUCGCCUUGGCAUCAUUACUUUCCUAAUUUCAGGGCUUGGAGCAAGAUCUGGAUUCUUCCCUGAGAAGCCUUUCAUUUCCUCUGAAAUGUUUUUCUUCUUCUUAGUUUCUAGUCCCAACCUCUUAGAAAUUGAGGAUAAUUGCUUGACGUUUUAAGAUGCCACCUGUGCUGUGUUUGAACACUGUUAAAUCUGCCAAGCUUUUUGCCCUGCUGAGCUAAGAGCAGUCAGAUUUAUUCAGAGGAUAGACUGGAGUUUGGCUGACACUAGCAACACCCACAGAUUAAUAUGGGUGUCUGUUAUAAUAUAUACUGUAACAUCUGCAAUGGGACUUUAUUAAACUGGAUUAAAAUAUGCACAGUGGCAUUUGUGUAUG